AUGCCGGUCAGAUUCAGUGACAUGAGUAACCUGGCCUCCCCGAAGACGGUGAGCCGGCUGCUGGAGAUGCUCUUCACCUGCACGGCCUUCAGCCUGGCGAGGGCAGCGGGGCUCCCCGGCUGGAGCGGGGCCUUCGCCACUUUCGCCAUGUUCACCUGGUGCUUCUCCUUCGUCGCCACCCUGCUCGUCUUCCUGGCCGAGUUCACACAGUUCCACAGCCUCCUCACCCUCUCGUGGAAGAAUCUGCCCGUCACAGUGGCCGCCUUCUCUGCCCUCAUGAACAUGGCCGCCUCGGUCACCUACCCGCUGAUGGUGCUGAGUGUGGCCGUGGCCCAGGAGAACUGGAGCGAACUCUCUUAUCAGAUCGCCGCCGCCCUCGCCUCCUGUCUGGCUUUCCUGGCCUACUCGGUCGAGCUCCUCGUCCUCCUUCUCUUCCUCAACAAGGACAGUGAGGGCAGAACGGCUUACAUGGCGACCGGUCCCGGUCUGCUCAAGGUUCUCGAGGUUUCUCUGGCCUGCGUCGUGUGCGUUACCCUGACAACCGUGAGCAGUCCGGAGUUCGCGGGCUUCCGUUGGGCCGUUGGUGCGCUCUGCGCCUGCGCCCUGCUCUCGCUGGCGGUCAUCCUCAUAAUGGUGGGCGAGUGUCGGGCCCGCUGCCCGUUCCCCUUCACCCAGCUCCUGCUGGUCUUCAGCGUCCUGGCCUUCCUCCUGCAGGGGGCCGUGCUGGCGGUCUGGACCCUCCAGCUCCGUCGCGAAGCCAGAGUGCUGGACAAGUGCUCACAGAUGAACUGCCGCUGGAAUCAGAUGCUGCUGUCCGCCGCUCUCAUCGCCCUGAACCUCACAGCCUACCUGACCGACCUGAUUUACUCCAUCCAACUGAGCUGCUGCAGGAGCUGACAUUCUGCCAGACUGUGUCAUGGGCUGAGGAUCCUUUGCAUCACUCCCAUCUGGGAGAAUGAUUGGAAGAAUGUGGGCAGAGUCUGCACAAUUUCCGUCUUUACUUACAUAUCCAAUCUAGACCAGAUGCUUCCUUGGAUGACAUUAUCUGCUUGUCAAAUGAUUCACUGUAUGAUCCUGGAAUGUAGGUGCUCAUCGUGCUCCCAGUUCCCAUAAAUAUGGAAUCUUUGAACCAGUUUCCAUCAUUGUCUUCCACUGAAUCUUGGGUUUCAGACGAGACUGUGGUUUCUCAAGUGAUGAGUUAGCAAUCAGUUGAAGACUGAAUGAGUUGCUUAUGUGUGACCCUCAAAGGUCAAACUGCACACUGUCUGACAAGGAUGUUUAUUUGUUGAAAAUGUGUUGCUGGAAAAAGCGCAGCAGGUCAGGCAGCAUCCAGGGAACAGGAGAAUCGACG